GGUGCAGUGUGGAUCAGUUUAUUAGUACACGGUAGCUAAUCAGAAUUACCUCAUAAAAAUCAACGACAGCGCAAGUAUUCGUUAUUAAUUAAAAAAAAUGAUAAUGAUAAAUGACUCGUUAAGGUAUAAUUGGUAAAAAUGGAGAGAGAAUUGUGAGGAAUUAUUUCAUAGUAAAGGUUCAAUGUUCCUGUUAGCUGCCAGUUGAGUAUGAGAAUGAGGACAAAUUUGGUGUAUGCCAAUGAUCUGACAAUGUUAGUUGGUUUGGUUAGAUUAGGUUGGUUAGGUUAGGUUAAUUUAGUUGGUUAGGUUAGAAUAGGUUACUUGGUUAGGUUAGUUUAGCUGGUUUGGUAUGUGCUGGAUAUUAUAAUGAUUAGGAACCCCUUAUUAGUUUACCUGAUAAUUAAACACCCUAAUGCUAACCUAAUUAAGUCUAACCUAAUCCAACCAAAUUCAGUUUUACCUAAUCUAACCAAACCACAUUGGAAAUAAAUAUAACUAGUAAUUUGUGUUAUCCAUGGUAAAUAUUUAUACUAUCUGUAUGUUUGUACUGCAUGAAUCUUUACUCAAUAAAUUCAACCCCGUCUACCCCUAUUUGGCAUUUAAUCAUCCGGUGAAGUAAAUGAAGGUUCUUAAUCUUUACAAUCCCUUCAAUGUUCUGUCAAAGUGAACUGAAUUUCUGAGGUAACUUGGAAACUAAGAGUAAAAGAUGUGCUUGUGUUUACAUGCAACCUCUCUUGCGUCUCCCUCGUAGUACAGUGAAGGACCAGUGAUUAAAAUAAGUUUGUGAAGGCUGAGGUUAGGGAUGAAUUGUCAUGAUUUGGAAAGGUUUUAUUAUUAUUCGGUAGUUAUUAUGAAUGCAAGAUUUGAAAAUUGCUGUAAAAUGAUGUUGAUGAUUACGGAUGCAUUAUAAUGGCAGAAAAUUUCCCUUUUCGUAACAGGUGAGAGGAUGUGUUGACUUGCGCUACCUUGUGCUACAAUCUCAGGCGUCAGAGGUGGGCUCAAGUCAGCCAUCAAGUGUAGGGAAGUCAUCUGGUGGUAUGGGGCUCAGCUCCCUUGCGCACAAAUAUCUUGACCGCACCCUGGACAAGGACUGGCGAGUCAGAGCUAGCGAUUGGGAGGCUGUUACCUUAACCAGGAGACAGGAGAGGUAUGCUGCCGAGGACGCUCUUGUGGGUAUUCAUAUCUUGAUGGUGUUGAUGGAGAGACUAUGGGGGUCAUCCUUCCCUGUAGCACCAGCACUCUGGCACCACCAUCUGCCCACAGCAAUCCACCAGACCUGUCAAGGUUUUAUUGAUGUCAAGUUUUCUUCCUCCAACAAGCAACAAGAAACAGGUGCUGUACAGAACAACCACUCAUGUCCUCCUCUGAAGCAGAAAGUAUCACCACGAGGACACCCCAUGAGGAAGGGUCCUUUGUACUACAACUGUCAACUAAGAGCUCCAGAUGAUGAACCGCUCUGUACAAUUGAUCCCAACAAAGCUCGGUGGUAUGUGGAGAAAGGUCUCGGGGUCCUAGUCAGCAAUGAACCACUUGUCGUACGUUUGAAAUUUGAACCUGCCGGUCGUCCUCAGGCUGAGAAGGAGGAUGGCCAGUUUUAUCUUCAGAAGCGACAGAAUGUUUGUGUCGUCUGUGGUAAGGAUGAAUCAUAUAUCAGGAAAAAUGUUGUGCCCCAUGAUUAUCGCAAAUAUUUUCCAGCCAUAUUGAAACAUCAUCAAAAUCAUGAUGUGUUGCUGCUGUGUUUUGCCUGUCAUAGACAGAGUAACAUGUAUGACAAUACCUAUCGUUCUCAGUUGGCCAAAGAGCUUAAUGCUCCUAUUGGUGUUGAACAGGAUUUCAAGGUUGCUGUCGACAAUUCUUGCAAAUUUGUAAGGAAUGCAGCUCGAGCCCUACUGAAGAACCGAGAUAACAUUCCAGAAAAGAAAGUGUUUGAGAUGGAAAAACUUAUUAAAGAUUUCUUUAAAGUGGAUGAGGUAUUAAUAGAGCAUCUUCAAGAUGCUGCCAACAUGAAUGUGAAGGUCUUAAAUGAGGGUUAUCAAGCCCACGGUCAGAAGGUUUAUGAAGCAUACGAGAAGAUUGGUCUGGUGAAGCUUGAGCAGAGGUGGAGACAGCACUUUCUGGACUCCAUGAAGCCAAAGUUUAUGCCUGAAUGUUGGUCUGUCGGUCAUAAUGUUUACAAGAUGGGGCUGAAAAUGGGUCGUUUGCCACUUAACCAUCCUAAUCGCCUUGUAUAUAAAAUGGCGCUCGUGGGAACAGAAGGCACCAUAGAUGUUCCUUAUAAUCCUCCACCAAGUCGAGAAACUACACCCCUGGACACAUCAUCAACAGCCAGUAGGGAUUCAACUCCAGAAUACACAGUGUCAUCCUUGCCAUCUGCGACAUUGGCUAAUAGUGUCACCUUAAAAAGUGAUAAUGAGAUGGACUAAGGUGGAGCAGUGACCAGCCACAACAAGUAUACUGGAAUAAAUUACAUUAUACAUCAAGAUAAACAGGAAACAAUAAAGUAAACAAACUGAUGAACCUUAAAAUAAGAUUAUUUUUCCACUUUGUAGCAAAGAGUCACUAGUGAAUUCAGUCAUUUCAUUUACAGAAAGAGCCAUUAAAUUCCUUCUCAACAAAUCUUCAACACUGGUAAUCCAUCUUCCUAAUUUCUAUAAGUUUACGGUGGCCUUUCUACUACUACAAAAACUAAUAAUUCAAAUUACCCCACAAAACUGUGCCACCAAAUAUAAUACAGGUUACACCACCGAUUUUCCGGGAACUGAUGGUCCGGCACCUCCUUUAGUCCGGACAAAAUUAUGAGAGGGCACUUAACUUCCCUCCCUCCCUCCCAGCCAGGGUGAAGGUAGUUUUAGGCUUAAAAUUUUUAUCUUAUAAUAUGUCAGAUUAAACUUGGCAGAAUAUAACUUGCAUUGCUGGAUUCCUUGUAAGAUAGUGAUUAUUUUGAGUAGAAACGUCACAUAGUUUGCAUAAGAGAUAAAAAAUUUUGUCCUUUAGUGAGGUACUGUACAUUUGAGUACAAAGUGUGUA